AUGAUGACUCGUCGAUUUCGAGUCCUAAUUUUAUUCUGUCUUGCUGCUAUAUCCAUCUGGUACUUGACUAGAUGGACUGAAGUUCCCAAUUACCGGGUUUAUCUCACAGAUCGCUUGUCAACAGCGAGCUCUCGAAAUACAACAGAGCAUAUCGAUUUCUGGCGUCAUUUCCAAUCCCUUUUGGUGACACACAAACCAACAUGCGACCCUCCAAAAAGACUCGGAAAGGUGGAGGUUACUGGCUUCAAGUCAUCUGAUGCCGGUCCCCGUCCUGAUUUGCUGAAAAUGACAACUCGCGACAUUCGGACAAUGAAAAAGGCGCACGAAGACUUCGUCGAGGCUAUUCAGCUUUAUCCACCCGCACUUUCUUAUACGCCUGGAACGAGAGGGCUGGUCACUACAGCAGGGGGGGCUUAUCUCCCAGUCUUGGUGAUAUCCCUGCGCAUGCUGCGCCGCACGGGCUCGACUUUGCCAAUGGAAGUCUUUUUAGCGACGCCAGACGAGUAUGAGAAGUUUAUCUGCGACAAAGUCUUACCUUCACUGAACGCGCAAUGUAUCGUGCUGUCCGACAUUCUAAACGCAGUGCCAAUUGUUAGCGAGAUUGAAAAGUACCAGCUGAAGCCGUUUGCGAUGAUCUUCUCCUCAUUUGAAGAGAUCCUGUUUCUGGAUGCCGACGCAUUCCCAAUCGCCAAGCCAGAGACACUGUUUGAGCAGGAGCCAUUUCGAAGCACAAAAUUGCUCACAUGGCCGGACUUCUGGGCAUCUUCUGCUUCGCCUUUCUACUACCAGAUUGCCUCACGGAGCGUCCCGCCGAUGGAAUCCCGGCAAUCGACCGAAUCCGGCGAAGUGCUCAUUUCGAAACGAACACACUUGCAAACCCUCCUUCUCUGCACAUACUAUAACUUCUGGGGUCCAACACAUUACUACCGUCUUCUAUCCCAAGGAGCAGCAGGAGAAGGAGAUAAAGAAACCUUCAUCAACGCUGCGAUGGCAGUUAACGAGCCAUUUUACCAAGUCAGUGAACCUAUCUGCGCCAUGGGUCACAAGACAAAAGGGGGUCUUGCCGGAUCCGCAAUGCUUCAAUUUGAUCCGAUUGAGGAUUAUCGACGGACUCAGAAAGGGGAAGGGCGUGCGAAAGGGUCUUCUGCUACUCCUAGAGCAUUUUUCAUCCACGCCAACUUCCCCAAGUUCAAUCCCGCGACUGUCUUUUCGAAGCAAGCUGUCAACCCGGCAUUCAAUGAUGAUGGAACAUAUACACGUGCUUGGACGACCCCCGAGGACAAGAUAGAAGCAUUUGGGUCCGAUGUUGAGAAACAAUUCUGGGCGGAGAUUCUCUGGACGGGUUGCGAGUUGGAAAAUAAUUUUCGAAGCUGGGAAAACAGAACGGAUAUAUGUAGGGAAGUGAAGAAGUAUUGGACCGCUUUGUUUGGAUCUGAAGAUCCAGCUAGGGUAUAG